UGGCAGGCACUAGAGUUCGCGAGAUAAGGGAGCCUAGCUUUUGUCUGAGCGAGCCGCGAGUCGCGAGAGCAGCUGCCGCCGAGCGUAACGAGCCAGCAGCACCGAGUAGCAGCGCGAUGUUGUGUCCAGCUCUGGCGAACUGUGAGAACAUAUACGCAAGAAAUAGAAACUUUAUCGGUCACUGUGAUUUCUGAUCGUGCAUGCGUGCCAAACACGAAGAUAUAAGAGGGCGUUAAGAAGAUCCAAUGGUUUCCUGACAUGAUGGAGGGCAAAUUAUAUGUGAAGAAUGAGCCGGGACUCGAAGGGCAAUCACUCGCAAAUCCUCAGCCCAAUUCGUCCGUCGAGGAUGGCGGAGGAGCUAGGAUUUGUUUCGUCUGUGGCGCCGUGGGCCACAACGAGCAGUAUUGGCUCCGAGUGAAACCAAGCCCGGGUGGCGCGCCCAACGAAGCCUACUUCCCGUUUCUCGAGUCGCACGAGCCGCCGAGCGGCUAUCGCGGCGAGGGUGCCAGAAGCGGUGCUGUCAAAGCGUGCAGUCUCUGCUACGCUCUACUGCUGCAACAAUGGGAGAGUUACGAGCAAGAUGCUAGGCCCCACAGCCAGCGUAUUUAUUGGCUGAAGAGAUGCGAUGGCGGUCCCUUCACGGGGGCCGAGAUGGCACUCCAGGGCGAAUACGCCGCGCAGGUCCUGGGUUUGACAAACGAUCAAACGCCACAGAUGAGACAGGAUGGUCGACCGGUCGGCAUCUCCCCGCGAUUGCCACCGAACUCGCCGUCGCCGAGAGUCGAACAAACUAGACCGCCGUCGAAUUCGGUCGAACUGCCAAGGCCGCACUCUAAUACAGCGGAAACGCAUAGGCACUUGGAACAAGCGAGGCUCACAAUGGAAUCUCCCCACCAGAGAUUGCACUCACCUCACCAAAGGUUGCAAAGCCCACGACAGCACGUUGAAGACACUAGAAUAUCCAAUGAAGCAGCAUUGGAUUUGAGACAUGCACCUAGAAGCUCACCUGCACCACAACCUACUUUACCACCACAACCACAAGCUAUUUAUAGCGGUGGAUCGUCGUCCAGUGUCGGUACAGACAUCUUGGAUCUGUCGAUGCCGGACAAGAAUUCAGCCACGGAAGUCUGUUACGUGUGCGGGGACGAGUUCAAGAGAGGAUCCCUCAGUCACAUUGCAGCGAAGCCACUGCCAAACCUGCCGCAUCCUUCUGCCAGUCCUCCGCCAUUUUUUCCGUCACUGAUGCUUCAUCCCAGGCCAAGUAGGAGUCGACCUAUGGACAGUGCUGGUCGAGUGCAGGCCUGCUCAAUGUGCCAGAAUGAUCUUUUAUCACAAUGGAAAGCGUACAAGCAACGGGGAACACCACAUGGUGAGAGAAAUUAUAUGCUUCGCAAACGACAAGCACCUGCAACGGAUGCAACUACGUUUAUCUGCUACACUUGCACACUUGAGUACCCUUCAUCCAGUAUUAGACUUAUGUAUUGCUGUGCUAAUCCCGAGAAGGAGGCGUACUUCCCUUUUAUUUGUAAUCUGAAACCUCCACAAGGAGCUAGUCCUAUUAGUCCUCAGGGAAUGGUGCAAGUUUGCUCCAUUUGUUAUAAAGCUAUCCCGCAGAAACAGCAAGUGUUUGGUGGAGAAAAUCAGGAGGCCCUGCCAGCCGGACAAAGUACAGAUUUCCGUCAGCAAGGUCCUUCGCCACGACCCGCUGUUCCAAAAUCUCCAGCUAAUUCAGCUGGUAGCGAUAUUCGCUUUAAGCCAUACGAUUUAAAUAAGUCGACAGUCCCUGCAAAUAAGCAACGUAGUACUAUCAUGAAAGCGUCCGUGCCUGGCCAACGAAAUUCACCUAGCAAUGGCCCUACGGAAAAUGGGGGCGUUGUACUUGGCCAAAAUUAUAAGUGCUAUAUUUGUGAAAAGUCGUACCCACGUAUUCAUAUGGAGUGGUUAUCUACAAGUCCAGAAGGAAUGAACUCACAUGCCAUGCAUUUUCCUUGCUUAAGAGGAAUGAUGCGCACAUCAGAAAACGCUUGUAUGGAUAGCCACGGUAGAGUAUUAGCAUGUAGUAGCUGCGUGAGUCAUCUUGCGCAACAGUGGGAAAGUAUGGACGCUGAACGGAUUCCUCUAGAACGCCGCAAAUACGAUAUUCCUAGUCCACAUCCAAAUGGCGACGUGAACCGGUCGAUCGCUACGCCACCGAGCUCCAGCUCGGACAGAACGUUCGGAAGCAAUCCGGGCACGUCGAGUAGUUCGAUCUACUGCUUCUUGUGCGGUUUACACAGUGACUUGACUCUAGCUAGAGUCCUGUACGGUCGUCCACAGGGCCGAAACGCACCAUUCUUUCCGGAAUUGUUGCGUCAUCAGUCGCCACCGAACGCCGAGCAGCUACGCGAAGAUGGCUCCGCGCUGGUGUGCACCUUUUGUUAUCAUUCGCUGUUAUCGCAAUGGCGUCGAUACGAAUCUCAGACCGGCAGUCAACAAGUGAACCCCGCUGAUCGGCAGUACAAUACCCACGACUACACCUGUUUUGUAUGCAGCGUCACGACGUACCGAAAACGAGUACGCGCUCUGUCGAUCAAGGAUUUCCCAUCCUUGAAAUACCACAAACUACGGGAAGGUUGUUUGCUGCUAGAGAAUGGCGACUUUACCGUGGUCUGCUUGGACUGCUACGAGACCCUACGUACGCAGACUCUCGAAUACGAGAGAUGGGGCUUGCCCAUUGAGAAGCGGGAAUACAAUUGGAUCCUGCAGCCUCCACCGCCCGAGGACAGCCCCGAUGCUGCUAUAGCCAGGUUACCGUCCGGCGAAAGAUCCGACAAAGUGGUCCCACCGAUUUUAACAGUCAGGCCAGCGCGAAAGAACUGUUCACCAAAGGCUCCCGAUAAGAAGGUACCGACAAAAAUUCCGGAAAAAGAACAAGGUUUGCAGCCUGCCAGCACCAAAGCUCAGCCAACCUCGAUUGGCAAGUCCCACCGACCCAGUUCCGGUGUUCUACCUCAGGGUCACACCCCGGGACCUGGACCGGGUGGACAACAGAAUAGCAGCAGAAGUUUCGCUGCAGCCUUGAGAAACCUGGCCAAGCAGGCGGGCCCGGCUCCUCAGGAAGAGGAACCCCGCGCCAGUCCGAAGAACCGGGCGCCACCUUCCUUGGUCAGAGGUCCUUCCCCUGCUAAGGAGCGAUCGACACAUGAACGAAGACCCGAGGAGAUCCCCUCCUUAUACACUACGACUGCCAGGCCCGUUGAAACCAGCAAGCACAGCGUAACUGCCGCGGCUUCCGAAUUGCUGGCCCGUUCCGGUUUUCAGCCGUACCGGCCCGAGCACCAUCCGGCCCAUCCACCGACGUUCGCCCUGGAUCCUACGACCUAUAGCGCCUAUCAUCCUGGUCUCUACCCACCGCCUCAUCUGCAACACGCUUAUAGAUUAGAGGAACAGUUGUACUUGGAGCGGUGCGGAAUGCUGAGACCGCCGUUGUUUCCCGGGUUGCCGUCGUAUCCUCUUUAUGGAUUGAGAUACAGUCCAGACAUGCUUCCUCCGCCGCCCGCCUCCUUAAGCCUCAUGUCUCCCGUGAUGCACGAGCGGCUGAAGCUGGAGGAGGAACAUAGGCUGAGGCAAGCACGGGAGCAGGCUGCGUUGCGAGAGGAGGAGGAGAGGAGAAGAGCAGCGAGAAGUUCUGCUUCCGCCGCACCGGUACCCACUCCUGCACCUGCAUCCGCCGAUACUGCAGCUAGGAAGCCGACCAUAGCGACUCAGAUACAUAGCGAUCGGGACCGCGAACGCGACGGCAGAGAACGACAAAGUGGUAGCGGGAUCGGCGGUGGCGGCGGUGGAAACAACAUCAGCAACAUCAGUAACAUCAGUAACAUCAAUAACAUCAACAACAUCAACAACAUCAGUGCUGGUAACAGUACUAGCAUCAUCGGCAACACCAGCAGCAGCAGCAGCAGCAGCAAUAUCAUCACCAAUCAUCACCAGUCUCGGAAAGAGGAGCAGCUGUCCGCGCCGAUUCCACCGCCGCCAACGUCUUCCGAUUUAACGGCACCGGCCAGCAUCUACCAUUCUCGCCUGUCAAGUUUCCCAGCUCCAGUGGCACCCAUCGGACCCUCUCUGGGCUCAACCUCUAUAUGCUCCGACAACUCUGUACCCCUUGCACCCUCUCUAGGUUCUACCUUGCCUCCUUUGAACCUCGGACCACCGACGGCCAUAAGCUCUGCACGGAUCGGUCCUCCGCCAAUACCUUCCAUACCCUCGAUGCCCUCCAUGUCCUCGAUACCCUCAAUACCUUCAAUACCCACGAUACCUACGAUACCUACGAUACCCACGAUACCCUCCAUUUCAUCUUUAACACCGAGUGUAAUAGGACCUCCACCGCCACCGCCGCUGUCCUUAGGCAUGUCUCUUCCGCCCAUCAUUUCCAUUCCCUCGUUCCAUAUACCUUCCGUGUCGUCGAGUACUCUUCAUUCUAGUCAGCAUUCAAUGAGCAGCGCGACUACUACCACGGCCACCUCUUCCAUUUACCACCAGCAGCAACAGCACCAAUCCCUGCCGCAACAGCAGCAGCAGCAGCAACAACAACAGCAGCAGCAGCAGCAGCAACAACAACAGCAACAACAUCAACAACAUCAACAGCAGCAGCAUCAACAACGAAUGAGCAGUACGAACAUCACGACGACUACGACUUGUUUGUCUAACGUGAUGACGACGCACACAUUGACGCCGCCGAACGGUUCUUUAUCAUUGUUGAAUGCGAUGCAUCAUAUGACUCUAAAAUCUCCGCCUUUGUCGCAUGGCUUUUCCAUCUCCAAAAACAAAGAAACGACAGUCACGGCGAUGGGAAUGUUGACCACGACGACGACGUCUAUGACGACUACGACGAGCACAACGACCUCGUCGCAACCGGCUUUCGUCAGGCCUUUCGAGGACUCGUUCCGCUCCUCGACAAAGACGCAGCCAAGGCCGAUAACAAACAGUCAUAGUCACAGUAUAGCCAAUCAGAUCAGUCAUCACGUAUCGGAGUCGCCAUUGAAGCCUUCGUCUAUAACGCCGGCCGUCACUCAAGCUGUAGACAGUCAGAUGGUGCCAGAGAACUCGACGUUGGACAAUAGCCACGUGAAUUCAAUGAGCAGUCAAAAACCGACGAUUGUCCAUCCGAUCCCGUGCAUUCCGCAACCGUAUCAUCCGCACAUACCCAUCUCACAUGUGCCAAGUCUCUACAAACCGCCUCACUUUUCAUCGUUAACGUCGUCAUUGACGUCAUUGUCGUCAUCGUUGUUGUCGCCACAUCAUUACCAACAACAGCAGCAACAACAACAACUGCUGCAGCAGCAGCAGCAGUUGCAACAACAACAACAGCAACUGCAGCAACAGCAACAACAAUUGCUGCAGCAGCAACAAUUGCAGCAGCAACAAUCCAAACUCAACAUACCGACGUUAAUUACCAGCUGUAGUAGCGUCAGCACAAGCGUCGUGACUACUUCGAAUGGCGUGAAGCAGCAGAAUAACGUGCAUUACAUCAGCGAAUCUUGUCCGACGACGACUACGACUACGACGACAGUAGCUACCUCACGAAACGAUAGCGCAACUAACUGCGUUUCCAGCGAUAAAGCGAUAAGCAACAAUACAACAGUUACCAGUAGCAGUGGCGGCAAAGUUGCGAACGAUAAGAGUAAUUCGGAUAUCGCGACGAAGGAUGGCAACGAGAAAAACGCGAGCGAGACUAAGCGACAGUCACCAAAUUCACUUCAGGAGGAGGUCUUGUCUUGCGAGCAAGAAAAUGACCCGUUUCCUCCACCUUAUGACCCACUACCGGAUUUUAGCGUUGGUGAUAAGGAAAAUAAGAUCACCGAGAUCGAAUAUAACACGCAAUGCGAUCAGAAUAACGUCUUGUCCACAUUACCGUUUCAAUCGCACUUUCAGUUCAGCAUAUGUGACAUUGCGCACAAUUCCAUGGACACAACAAGUCUUAUGCAGAGCAUCAAGUCCCAGGAAGUACUGCGUACUUGUCAGAACGUCUCCAAUGUGCUCCUGCAGAUCCCGAAGUAUCAGGAGAAGCUCUUGAAUUUCUCGAGCAGUAACAACGAGCUAAAGACGACCGCGUUUUGCAUUACCGACAAGUGCAAUAAUUUGACUGAGAUUUCCGUGAGGUGCGAACCAGCGGUGCUGAACGUCCCUGACAUCAGCAGGGCUCUGGUGAAGGAUCUUAACACCAAUGAGAUAACCUUUCUGGUGCCUGAGAAGCCGAAGGAACUGACGUCGUCCCUCGAUUUAGCCGAGAAGAAACGCAAGCGGAAACGAGAGAAAAAUACAGGCAUCGUUACAUGUAGCUCAGACUCAGAGGACGAGGAGGACGUCAAAGACAUGGAUCUUUGGAUCACGAAAGGUCCGCCGGCUAAGCUACAGUAUUCCGACGAGAAAUUGUCCUUUCUGGCCAUGUUCGGCUUGACCACGCUGAAUAUAAAGAAUGAGAUAGAGUUGUACAAGGUCGAGAAGAGAUUCAAAUUGAAUCCUGAUCCGCCAGAACUACCUCCGGCAAAAGUAGAGCCUGUAGUAGAAUCCAUUUUACCGAUUCCGCACGAGCAUCCGGACGUUUUACUUCACACGCCAGAUUUCGAGCCGAAAGUUGGCUUUCUCAGGACUAUAGGCCUCGAUAUUAUGCCUCCCAAUAAAAGAGACGAGGCAGAAGAGACAUGGCAGUACGUUCUACAAGAUCGCAAGAAACGAAAAUGCGCAAACUCCGUUACUGCCUACUGUGAAAAAAUCGCCAAAGUUUACUCUAAGAAUCCUCCAGCUUUACCAAAACCAUCUCAAAAGAUGCGACUUCUGGACAGAGUUAAAAAGAACCACAUCCCGGAACGUCCACCACCGCUACCACCUUUAGUUCCAAGUAUUGUUUCGAUGUGUUAUCCUACUUUACCUAUACCUGGUGAGAAUGGUGUGAAGCAACACUGUAAAACCAUAGACAUCAGCGAGAGCACCGAAGAAGUGAGCGAGAAGAAAGAAAAGUCGAAGUGGACUGGAAUCGAGGAUAUUAUGUACGCUUAUAAAGAGUAUUUGAAAGAGAAGGCACUGGAGAAGAGAAUUCUGACAAGCGAAACAUCAAAACUGGUAACGCAGUCGAACAUCUUGCGUUCCGAAACCAUUCAGUUAGAACGGAAGAUUUACGAGCUCCUGUCCGCUAGAACAGCCCUUGAUUCCGAGAGGCGAAAGCUCAGUGACAAAAUCGAACGGAUCAAAGCACUCAUUAGGAACCUUAGAUAGCGUCGCGUAACGCACAACACGGAAACUCAUUCAUCUGUGAUAUUAUCAGCGGGUUAAGGGCCGUUAGCGCGUAAAGUACAUACCGCUAAACGUAACACUUAGAUAAGUAACGGUUAAGGACAAUGACUUUCAGUGACCAAAUGUACAGCGAUCCUUCGUGUGUAUUGUUUUUUGCGGAUUUUAUUAUACAUAGUACAAUACCCUCUCGCCAACGUUGACGACGGAUCGUGUCGGAAAAAGUGCAAGUUCUCGAUUCCUGGCUGGCAGGUCCACGAGGCUGCGAUCGCGUCCGCGGCUGAACGUUACCGCACUAAUUAAUAGAUAUUGUUUGGGCGCACACCUCGCCGAGAGGAUCGACGAGCGCGCUCACCGAUUUUGGAUCGCAAACGCGGAGUCAUCAUAUCAAUCGUACACGUGGAUGUGUAUAAAGUUGGAUUGUACAAAUCGCGAAGCAUCCCAUCCGUGGAAAAACGCAGUUUUUACGACCGCGAGAGAGUAAACACACGACAAAGGCUUUCUAGUUUCAACUAACGGCUCUUACACUCCAAGCAUAAAUAUAAUUGUAAUUUGUAUCAUAAUAUUUUAAUGAAAAGAAAAAUAGACAAAUCGCGCGUGUAACUUAUUUUAUUCUGCGUAAUGUGGACUUUUACGUCGAGUUAUACUUGGAAGAACUAUGAAUAUACCAUGCAAUUUGUAUGUCGACCGAUUGAUAAAGUUAAGCGAUAGAGAAGGGAGGAGGACAUUAUAUAAAACAAGGAUCGAAAGGACACAUCGACUAUAUGUAGAAAUAUAUCGGACUGGCAGAAGUGUCGAGAAGCCGCUCGCACGCAAACCAUGCGACCACGUCCUCAUUUUUACGUUUAACGCGAUACGUGGGGUGAGAUGGACUUAUUCGAAUGUACGAGGCAACAACACAAGAGAGCCUCGUCGCGUACGCCCCGCGUAAGUCUGACGCGCGUUGGAAAGAGUAUUUAUUUGGACGUUUAGAGAGUCGCAAGCGAGAAUUUUACAUUUUAACUUAAUCGAUCCUGACGACACGAGAACUCUAGUCCUACGGACAUGCCCGCGCCAAGGGGAAGUGGAAUCGUGCGCUGAUAAUACGCGUAAGAUUCGGAGUAGCGAGCGAAUCCUUCCUUUCGAAUGUCCACCGUUCACCAUUACGAACACACACGAAGGCCAGUGAAUACAGUACGGGGAGGAGCGUUAAAUGUCGUGUCGAGACACGACACUGCGGUACUUAGGUAAUGCGACUUAAUUUUUCAAAGAAAGAAACCGUGAGACACUUCGCGCGGAGCACAUUCCACAAAAUGAAAAUGCUUGUUACCCGACCGCCAACAUUCCAACGCGUCAUUUCAACACGAUAAUUGGAUGAUCUUGGACUGUCGUCUUCGUACGUACGUCCGCCUACAAUGGCGAACAAAAUUUGGAAGAAAUCGAUCGCAUUGUUACCUUCUAGUGUUUCUUUCCUUUUUCUUUCCUCAUUUAUUUCUUUUUCUUGCGUUUGACAUCACGGAGUAUCUAAUUCCUUUCACCUUUCUCUCUCUCUCUCUCUCUCUCUCUCUCUCUCUCUCUCUCUGCGUCCUCGCAAAAAUUCAUCUCAUUCUACUCUAUUCACUACUCUAUUCACUUACUCUAUUCUCUUUCCUUUUUUUGUCUUUUAAAUGUACCUCUUCGAUUCAUCAUUCACCAUAGAAACCGCACGGUACGUGCGACAAGACUACUACUUUAUCAUUUUUUCGCCGUUUCGUUCAUUGAGUGCCUAACAUUUCUCCCUACAUUUGUAAAUACUAUUAUUUUUAUGUAUUGUGUAACAAAAGGGAGAUCGCCAAAUGCGCGCCGGUCUCAGUCAACUGGCCAGAACAAGAGCCUAGGAGUAAAUUGUUGAAAACAUGAA